AUGGUCACCGACGCUGCUGGUGUCGACCGCUCGCGGCCGCUGUACGAUGUCGUGCACAACGACAAGAAGCGUGUGGCGUACUUUUACGAUUCCGACAUUGGCAACUAUGCCUAUGUCACGGGCCACCCCAUGAAGCCGCACCGUAUCCGGCUGGCGCACAGCCUGGUCAUGAACUAUGGCGUCUACAAGUUUCUGGAAGUCUACCGCGCCAAACCCGCCGUCUUUAUGGAGAUGACCCAGUUCCACACCGACGAGUACAUUGACUUUUUGCAAAAGGUCACGCCGGACAACAUGGACAGCUAUCAGCGCGAGCAGAGCAAGUACAAUGUCGGCGACGACUGUCCCGUGUUCGACGGCCUGUUUGAGUUUUGCGGCAUCAGUGCUGGCGGCAGUAUGGAGGGCGCCGCCCGUCUCAAUCGCAACAAGUGCGACAUUGCCGUGAACUGGGCCGGCGGCCUGCAUCACGCCAAGAAGAGCGAAGCUAGCGGCUUCUGCUACGUCAACGACAUUGUGCUCGCCAUCAUCGAGCUGCUGCGCUUCAACAAGCGCGUGCUGUACAUUGACAUCGACGUGCACCACGGCGACGGCGUCGAGGAGGCCUUUUACACCACCGACCGCGUCAUGACCGUGUCGUUCCACAAGUACGGCGAGUACUUCCCGGGCACCGGCGAGCUGCGCGACAUUGGCAUUGGCACGGGCAAGAACUACGCCGUCAACUUCCCGCUGCGCGACGGCAUCGACGACACGUCGUACAAGACCAUCUUCGAGCCCGUCAUCGACGCCGUCAUGAAGUACUACCAGCCCGACGCCGUUGUGCUGCAGUGCGGCGGCGACUCGCUCUCCGGCGACCGCCUCGGCUGCUUCAACUUGAGCAUGCGUGGCCACUCCAACUGCGUCGACUUUGUGCGCAGCUUCAACCUGCCGACGCUCGUGCUGGGCGGCGGCGGCUACACGAUGCGCAACGUGGCGCGGACGUGGGCCUAUGAGACGGGCCGUCUGGUGGGCGUCGAGAUGGACGCGGUGCUGCCGUACAACGAAUACUACGAAUACUACGGCCCCGACUACGAGCUGGAUGUGCGGUCGUCGAAUAUGGAAAACGCCAACAACUAUGAGUACCUCGAGAAGAUCAAGAUUGCCGUCAUCGAGAACCUCAAGAAGACGGCCCCCGUGCCCUCGGUUCAGAUGCAGGACAUUCCUCGGCAAUCCAUGGGCAUCACGGACGAGGAGGAGGCCGAGCUGGACGACCUCGACGAGGACGAGAACAAGGACGCGCGCGUGACCCAGCGCCAAUGGGAGAAGAACCGCGCGCGGACGGACGAGUUCGACGAGAGCGACGACGAGGACUUGGCACGCGCCAACGGCGUCAACUACGAUGGCCCGCCGCGGCGCUCCAUCAUGGACUACCGCAACCCGCAUGCGGACUAUGAGGUCGACAGCGGGGCCAUGACGCCGACAAACGGCAUUGGCAAGGCGGCGGCCGGCGAGGACGGCGAUGUGGAGAUUCCGGAUGCCGACAUAAUUGCAGACGCCGAGGAGAAGGCAGCCAAGAACGAGGCCGACGCCGCGUCGGCUGCUGCUGCGGUUCUUGCGUCGUCGGCAGAGACCCCCAAGGCGAACCAGAACAACGGCGAUGUAGCAAUGGAGGACGUUGACACCACUCCUGCCACAGGCAACACAACUGAGGAUAAGGCCGCUUCUGCCACUGGUAACACGGCCGAGGGUAAGGCCUCGCCGCCAUCAGGCUCCAAGGAGAGCGAUACCAAGACACCCGCUGGGGACGAGGCUGAGAAAAAGACGGCUGCCAAGCCGGCCGCAAAAGAGAAUGGCGAGGCAGAUGCCUCCGCUGCCGCGGCGGCUGCUGUUGCGUCUGGGAAGAAAGACGACAGCGGUGAUGUGGAGAUGACAGACGCCGCCGCCGACGCUGCUGGUCCUGCCGCAGAGGCUGAAUCCACAGCACCUGCUGCCGAUGCCGCCGAGGGCCAGGCCGAUGCCGCUGGCAAGGACGCGCCGACGACCGCCGACACCACCGAGGCCACUGCCAAGGACAAGGAGGCGGCUGCUGCCAAGGACGAGAGCGACAAGCCGGCUGCUGCCGAUGCCAAGGCCACCAAGGACGCAAAGGAGACAGCAUCCAAGGCCGACAACGCAAAGGACGCAACCGAUGCUGCUGCUGCCCCUGCGGCCGAGUCGGCCCCUGUCACUGACGAGCCUGCAAAGAGCAAGAAAGACGAUACGGCCGCUGACGCUUCUGCCUUGGCUGCCGCCGACACACCGGCUCCGGCCUCUAAGGAGAACGGCGACAAUAAAGAGGCCGAUGCAGCCGCAGCGGAGAAGAAGGAUGGUGGCGCUGGCGCCGGAGCUGACGCAAAGAAGGACGGCGAGGCCGAUACCAAGGCUGCAGAGGCCAAGGACAAGGCCGCGAGCGAAGACAAGAAGGAGGCGGCAGCAACCACUGCCAACAGCAGCAAGGCAGAGACGGCCGCUCCGGCAGCCACAUCAGACGAGAAAACCGCGACGGACACGCCGGUGAAGGAGGAGGCUGCCUAG